AUGGAUUUCUUUCAUUUCCCCCACCAUCACAGCAGCCAAUCUGUGGCCCACUUCGCGCUCUUCAGAGACGUCAAGAACUCUCAGUCGUUGAGAAAACGUAUUAUCGCAGCGGCGACGAUUGAAGGCGCUGCCGGCGAUCAAGAACGAGAAGCAGUGAAUUUUGCAUUCAUCGAUGCUCGUCUUAUAACGGGUCGACUACACCUACAAACCGCGAUUUCUCAGGCUAUACUGGCUGACUCGCAGGGAGCAAUUAGAACGAAAUCUGUGCAUUCCGAAAUUUUGUGGGCUCUCAACCCGACUAAUAAUAUUACUGAAGCCUUGCGACGGUAUGGCGUUUCCGACACCACAACGGAUCUCAUCGUCGUGAGAGUCGGCGAAGCAAACCUCGAUUCCGCGAAAAUCCAGGAACUCAUGGAAGUUGUUGUUCUGGGGAAAAUAGUUCCUUUUGCUGAAGUGAAGGAUAUCACUGAUUGGUCUUCAAUCAAGAAGUAUCAUAAACUUAAUGGGGAGGUGGCGGUACAAGAAACAAAAGGGAACAUAAGUAGUGAACGCGCUAUUGUGGAUAACAUUGUUAUUAGUACAGUUGCGAUGAAGACUGUCAUGGUUUGA